AUGUCGUCGAACCCACGGUCUAGGCGCAACCUGCGCGCCGGCGACCUGGCGAUGCCUUCAGCGCCCAGCCAGGCCGGUCCUUCAUGGAUGCAUCCGCCGUCCGCUUUUAGCACUGUAGGCGCUACGCCCGCUCAACUGGCGCUGCUAACGUCAUAUCGGCCGUCAGGCCUGUCGUCGGACCCCGUAGUCGUGGCCGUCAACAAGCGCAAACGGGAGGCCGACGACGACCUCUUCGGUGAUAAUGGGCUUGAGGACCCAGAGGUAGUCGACUUGGUGGACAAGGACGAAGUCCCAGCCGAGAUUCUCAACAAGAAGGAGAAGAAAUGGGUCAAGCUGGGCGCCUUGGACUGCGUCAUCUGCAUGGACAAUGCCACAGAUCUGACAGUCACGCACUGCGGCCACCUCUUCUGCUCCGAAUGUCUUCACUCGGCCCUCAACAUGGACCCGUCCAGGAGAAUCUGCCCCAUCUGCCGCCGCAAGAUCGACAAGCUGCCCGGCUCUGGCAAGUUCAGCCGGGGCGGAAAGGGCUUCUACCCGCUCGAGCUCAAGCUGAUGACCAAGCCGACGCCGAGUGCCAGCCAUGAGCAAUCCUAA